AUGUCCGACUCUUGGGACCACUGCCUGAGCACCAUGCUCAUCCGCUCCACCCUCGGUGCCUCGUUCGGUGUCAUCUUCUCCGUCCUCCUCUUCAAGCGUCGCGCAUGGCCUGCCUUUGUCGGCUUCGGUUUCGGUGCCGGUAGAGCCUGGGAGGAGUGCGACAACGUACGUCCACUCACUAUCCUACAAGACGUCCUCUAA